CUUGUAUAUGGCUGCCGUCUUGCAAGCUUUUUGUCUCUUUGGUAGAGGUCUUGGCCCGCUCGUUUCUUGUUUAAACGUUAGCCGUUAGCAAUCUGCUGCCGCUCGCGGCAGCUCUUCUCGGUCACGUUUUAAAGAUACCGGUUUCGUCAUGCCCUCGGAAGAGGAACAAAGUCGUGAACGCUCGUUGGGAGACGACGAGCAGACGGCGUUUGUGCAGCAGAAGCAAGAAGCCAGAGCCUACCUGCGCGAACACUUCCUGCGGUGCAUGACAGCUCUGGUAGGCCGUGCGGCCACUUUUCACAUGCACGAAAACACGACCGUGACCGCCACGUUCCGCGGCUGUGACAUUGACGUGCAGAACUUCUGCGUCUCGAACCUGUCCACUGCGCUCGGGUGCCAGCCCGCCGCUAUCCUGCGAGCGGACGAUGUGAUCAAUUUUACCGUCGAAGAUUUCGCCGUCGCUUCGUCAAACAAGUAAAGCAUAUCGACGAUGUUCGUUUACUCGCCAAUUGCGUCCA